CAAGCAGAUCAUGAACCAGUUCCGGUACCCGGUGACAUUGACGUUUGUGCAGUUCUGGUUCGUGUCGGUGUUCUGUUUCGUGGCGAGCGCUGGAUUCAAUGUGGCGAGGAUCCGAAGACCGACCAGAGGCAUCAUCGAGAUGACGGCCCCAUUGGUCGGAUUCCAGGUUGUUGGACAUGUGUUCUCGAGUGUCGCGAUCAGUCGCGUUCCCCUGAGUGUCGUUCAUACUGUCAAGGCCCUCACCCCUCUGUUCACAGUGUUAUUCUAUCGCGUUGUCCUCGGAACAACGUAUAGCCGUGCAGUAUAUCUUUCGCUUGUGCCCUUGACUGCAGGAGUAAUGCUCGCCUGCCGUAUGUCACUCGAGUUCAACAAUUUGGUCGGUCUGAGCUGCGCAUUACUCUCUACGCUGGUCUUUGUGAUGCAGAACGUAUUCACAAAGAAGAUUCUGUCGAGUAACAAGGCCAAGCAAUCUCAUUCGCAGGAUGAGGUUGGCAUGAACGGAUUCGGAAACAGGGAAUCGAUCUCUGGAGGUGCAUCAGGAGCGGAUCCGAUUGAUCAUGUACUUGGAGGAGGAGGAGGAGGAAGUACUGGUGCUCCUCAGAAGCUGGACAAGAUCAACAUUCUGUUUUAUUCGUCGACAUUGGCGGCGGUGUGCAUGAUCCCGAUGUGGUUCUAUGCUGAGGGCUGGACACUGAUGUUUUCGGAGGAUCCGCUGGACAGGGUCGGGGGUUCAACAGGAACGUGGAGCGUGAUCAGCUGGCUAUUGUUCCUGAACGGAGUGUCACACUUCUUCCAGAACUUUUUGGCGUUCUCGGUGCUGGCGCUCACCUCCCCGGUGACUUAUUCGAUCGCUUCGCUGAUCAAGCGCAUUGUGGUGAUUGUAGCGAGUAUUAUUUAUUUCCACCAGACGUUGGGAAUGACACAGUGGAUGGGCGUAUGUUUGACGUUCUGGGGCCUGUGGAUGUACAAUUCUGCGAAGAACGCGGCCAAGGUGGACUUGACGUCGAGCAUUUUGGGGAAAACAAAGGUUGGGAGGCGGAUGAGUCGUGGGCUAAGUAGGGGGCUGUUGGAGGCGGAGAUGGAGGGCGGCGGGUUGGGUAGACCUAGCAAGGCAGGGUUCAUAGUCUAGGAUGAUACACGCCAGGUCGUGUAUGUGUGCUAGACCAACUUCACUCGCCAAGGAAAAUGGAAGAGCCUAUUUUUGUCGUACUUCCACGAGUGUUAUGUUGGGCUUUUGUAACCUUUAAUGCCUCAAAAAGGAUCGAGACAGAGGAUGCUUGACGCGGAGCAUGUGGUAGAUGUAUAGGGGGCUAUGGGGGAUCGGUCUCAGGGGUUGGACCCUGAUGGUCCAGGGGCUGUAAAGUGACGUGUGGUAUCAUAUAGAUUUUGAGUUUCGUGAUCAGGCGAAGACCAGCACCAAAUCUUUCUCAUCAAAUAGAUUUUUCUUUCAUCAGCUAAAAAAAUAAAG